UGAAUUCGCGCGAAAGUUCUUUUCUUCUUCCUGUAAAGUGUGAACAUUUCCGGAGGUCCAUUGUUGAUGGCUGCUAUUUAUGUCGUUAUCGGCUUCGGUUCACGGUAGUCCGGUGCAGUUUAACUGUUCGUUGUAACGUUGAUUUUCGGUGUCCGUCUCCAGCAGCAGCAGCAGCAGCAGCAGCAGCAGCAUGUCUCAGCCGCGAGUUACGGAUUUCUUCUCGCAGAGGAAGAGAGGUAUCCCCGGCGGGCCGGUGAAGGCAGCGAAGCAGCGCGGCGGCUCAUCCGGGACCACACGGUCAAGAUCCUCUAAAAACAAAGAGCUGUGCUCGUCCUCUAUCCACGAAGAGUUUGUCCGAGUUAUCGACGAGGCAGUGGGGCUGAGCGAUGGAGGGUUCGCUGUCAGCACUGAGAAACAUUUCACCUCCAGUCCACGGACACCGAAGCGGACGUCGGCUGAGUUCGACGUCGGGGCCGCCGUGUUUUCGGCCACCGCCGACCACAGCACGGCCAAGAAGAAACGGCAGGAGGCCGACAGGGACACUAAAGCUACGGUCCCGGAGAAAGUAGUGAAGAGGAAGGCCAGGAAGAAACUGGUCCUCCCCCUGGACUCCCCUCAGGCUGUAGUCCAGUCCCUGCCCGCUGAGGUGAUCCAGAAGCCCGCAGCUCCCGCGGCUGGACAGCACGGGGUGGACCACGUUAACAUCAGAACCAGCAGCUCCCCGCAGAGGAGUCGGGUCAUCGCCAAGAACACUACAGGACAGCCCGGCAAGGCUCUGUGCAAAGAUGACAUUGCAACACUCAAGGCUCGUCUUCAGAGGAUCAAGAAACACGGCGAGGAAAUGACCAACGCCGCUACCUCUGCUUCUGGUUCUGCCUCUCCAGCUGGUGCAACGACACCAAACACUAACACUCCCCAUGUCCCCGAAACUGCCACACCCCCCACCUCUGACGCAAAGGCCCUUAAGCUGACUGUAUCACGUGCCAAAGAGCUCGCAGCUAAAGCUCAGAAGAGGAAGGAGGAGAGGGAGGCCGAGGAGAGCAAGCAGAGUGAGACACAAACCCAGAGCAGUGCUGAGCAGCCAGCAUACCAGCGGUACCACACCCUCGCCCAGGCGACCCCUCCGGGUCUGUCCCUGCCAUACCAGUACAAAGUGCUGGCCGAGAUGUUCAGGAGCAUGGACACAGUGGUCGCCAUGCUACACAAUCGCUGUGAGACGGCCACCUUCACCAAGCUCAAGCAGGGAGUUCAGGACAUGAUGCACAAGCGCUUUGAGGAGAGCCAUGUGGCUCAGAUAAAGACAGUGUUUCCUGAGGCGUACGCCUUCAGACAGGAGAAGAACAUUCCAACCUUCAACAGCAGCAUUAAGAAGGGCAGCUACCAGCUCACCGUGGAGCCCGUUAUCACCUCUGACCAGAGAGAAGCCCGUCCCCUCCUCACAGCCUCUCGUCUCCUGGAGAGAAGACAAAUCUUCCACAUGAACCUGGUCUCUGUCGUCAAACAACACCACAAGGCUUUCCUGUCCUCGUUGGUUCCUCCGGUGUCUGUUCCAGAUGACAAACUGACCCGCUGGCACCCUCGCUUCAAUGUGGACACCGUGCCGACCAUCCAAACCAGCGUGCUGCCUCAGCCUCCUCACACUGAGAAACUGGGCACAGCUCAGGAGGUGCUGGACAAAGCCCGCUCACUUAUCACACCCAAGAUGGAGAAGGCGCUGGUUUCUCUGGCUCUGAAGACAGAAGCUAAAGUUGCGGAUGAUAAAGAGACGACAUCUCCACACAACUCAACAGUUCCUCAGACACCAGCUACACCUGCAGCCCAGGUCCCAACUGCUCUGAAAGGAGUGUCCCAGUCCUUACUGGAAAGGAUUCGAGCAAAAGAAGCCCAGAAGCUCCAGGCAGCCAUGACACGAAACCCUGUCCAGGAGGAUCGCCUGCUGAUGAUGUCACGGCUCCCAGAGCUGGCCAGGAUUCUCCGGAACGUUUUUAUCGCUGAGAAGAAGCCGGCUUUAAUCAUGGAAGUGGCCUGUAACAGGAUGGUGGCCAGCUACAGAUCUGCUCUCAGCACAGGUGAAAUGGAGAAACAUAUCCGGCUGCUGGCAGAAGUGGCUGCCAACUGGCUGACUAUUCAUCCAAUCAGGAAGGACUUCUACCUGAAGCUGAACAAGAACAUGGAGCUCAAUAUUGUUGUGGACAAACUGAACAGCAGACUAAGAGAAGAGGAGAGACUCUGAUGGAUGAUGCUGUGUCCUUUCACUGCUCCUCUUCUCAGGCCCUCGGCGUACGUGCUGCCAGCCGGCUAAAGUUUAAAGUGACCUGUUUUGAUUUUUUUUUUUUUUUUUUUUAAGCGAUGUCACUGGUUAUUUGGUAGCAGGCAUGUCUAAAAGUGUGUGUGUGUGUGUGUGUGUGUGUGUUCUAACCUGGCUCCAGGGUGGAAAAAAGGCACACAUUGAUCUAGGCACAGCUCCGGGACCCGAGGCCACAUGGGACUGAUCAGACCUGUUUCUGGUACUGCUAUGUGCUAAAUGGGCUGUUUUAACUACAGUUCUGUUACAGUGAAGAGUUUUUUUAUUUUUGUUUUUUUAUUAUGAAGUUGUAACAUUGGUGUGUGCAGGUCUGCCUCCUGUCUUUUUAACAAAUCUGUUUUCUACAAUGUAGAACUGAUGAAUGUUUGAUCAUGUUUAAGAAAUACAAACAUUUGUCAGAGCA